GGUGGCAGAGGCUUCCUACAGCUGAUUGGUGGCUAAAUCUACACUUCCCGUCCUGUCUUACAAUCCCCACACAGGGGGAGUGUGUUCAAGUCCACUACAUGCACGCACUUCUCUGUCAGGAACUAUAGAUAUUAUAACACAUUACACACCGGGAUUUUAACUUUCACAUUUGAUUUGGCCUUCAUCCGUCUGCAGAUAUGACAAUUAGAACAGCCCGUCCCAACCGGGGACAACAUUUCCAGCCCCGCAUACACUGCUUGAAAAAGCUGGAAGCCAUCGUGGUGGAGAUGCAGGACUCAAAAAGUGGCGUCAAGGGCUCGGACCAGAAACUCAACGUCACUACCAUCCCACAUGUCAUCAAUGGCAAGGACAUCAUUACAUGGAUUACCAACAAGAUGAAGACCACUCCAGAAGAGGCUGAGGCCUUUGGCACCAUGUUAGUGGCCUACGGCUACAUAUACCCCCUGCAGAACCACAAGAAGCUGGUGAUGUGCAACGACACCAGCCUCUACCGCUUCCAGACCCCAUACUUCUGGCCUACACAGAAAUGGGUUGCGGAGGACACUGAUUAUGCCAUUUACCUAGCAAAGAGGAACAUCCGCAAGAAAGGCAUGCUGGAACCCUACGAACAGGUACAUUACAACCACCUCCAUGAAUGGCUCAACCACAAGUGGGACUUUAUCGUGAUGCAGUCCACUGAGCAGUACAAGGCUGGUAAGGAGAGGAAGAAGCCGGAUCGUGUGGUGUUUGACUGCCAGGAGAGGGCUUACUGGAUUGUGAACAGGCCACCGCGUCGUACUCACAGUGCUAUGGACUGCGGUCCAGAGCGUCUUAUUGAUCCCAAUGCAGAUGAGAAAAUCACCAUUGACAUGUACAGACGCAUGAACAUUUUCUAUCAACAAGCUAUCAUGAGGUCAAAGGUCAAAUCUAGCGUGUCCCUUGGAGCACUGGCCAAAUAUGCCACGACCUACAAGAACCAUGACCCGUUCCUGGCUCCCUGUCUACCCAGCAACCCCUGGCAAACAGACAAUGACACAUACUGGACUCUCAACAUGAGACUGGUUGAUGUUCCCACUAAGAUGCGAGUAGAGCGCUGGUCCUUCAGCUUUUUCGAGCUGCUGAACGACCUGCGAGGCCGAGACGACUUCAAGGUCUUCCUCAAGAAGGAGUUCAGCGGGGAGAACUUGGCUUUUUGGGAGGCAGCUGAAGAACUAAAGUGGGGCACUGCAUCGUCCAUAACAUCAAAAGCUGAGACAGUUUUCAAGACCUUCCUGGCCCCCGGUGCCCCCCGCUGGAUCAACAUUGAUGGCAGGACAAUGGGUCUGACCGUGAAAGGCCUGGACCAUCCUCACCGCUAUGUGCUGGAAGCAGCUCAGACACACGUUUUCCUGCUCAUGAAAAAGGAUACUUUCUUCCGUUACCUCAAGUCCCCAGUGUACAAAGACAUGCAGAAGAAGGCCCUGAACCCUGAGCCUCAUAACUUCAGUCCAGCCCAGCUGGAGAACAAUGCUAAGAACCGGAGCCUGGGCAUCCAUCCCAUCACCCUGUGGCAGCAGGAGGAGGAGCUAAAGGCCAAGGCCGCCGCUGCCUCCGCUCCGGUUGAUAUCAAGGCCAUGAUGAGCAAAAUAGACCGGAAGUAGUAGAAGAAGUAAAGAUAUAUAAUGCGUGUGUGUACAGGGUUGUACAUGUCAUGUCACACACACAAGUACCAAAACAGGAACCAGCCCUCUGUUAGGUAGUAUACACAGUGUAGAAGAAUGCUUUCCUCAGUGUCCUGCAAUUGAAUGUUGUUCUGUUUUAGCAAAUUAUCGAAGGUGAAAAAUCCAGUUUUUAUUAUGAAGGAUUACUGAACAGGCCUAUUAGGCACAGGCCCAAGCUAAGCCUAUUGUUUGUCUGAUAUUCACUAAAUUCUUCAAUGUCUAAAAGAGAUGUAAUGUAAUCAGACUUUAGCAUCAUUUCAUUACCAGUCAUAGUCAAAAUGCACCACAUUGCAGUUAAAGAGAGCUCAUUUCUCUAUGGAAGAUUUGCACAGUAUGUAAAUGUGGUUACUUGGCCACAUUUAAUAAAAGAGGUCAAGAUAAAGCA